UUGCUAAAGAAGCAACUAUGCAACAAAUUAGCUUGAGGCAAUAUAACAAUUGCUUUUUGUAGUUUUUUGUAUAUAGAACUGUAAGAAGCAGGCAUGUGCGGAUUUGGGGAGACUGAGCUUCGAAAGAGACUUAAGAGAUGGUGAAAAUAAACAUAAAUUUUGAAGCUACAACGAUCAAUUAGCUCAGAUGGCGGAAAAUCUUCUCGAUGCUAAGAAGAAAAAUUUAGUGAACGAGACAGAAAGUUCGUCCAAAAGAUGCCAGAAUUUUGGAACACAUGGCAUCGAUGACUUGGUGUCGUUGGAAACCUACAAAGCAAAAUGGAAGGCAAUAUACAUUAUUUAUUUGGUUUCCUUUUCCAGUUCAAUAGAGUACACAAGCACAAUGCCGUCACUUUGGCCAUACCUACAAAAGGUGGAUCAGUCAGUAAGCACAAGAUUUCUCGGCUUAAUAAUUGCUGGCUUUCAGGCUGGACAGAUGACUGGUUUAGUUAUCUUUAGUGCUUGGUCCAAUGCCCGUGGUGCCAUUCAACCUCUACUGGCAAGCCUCCUACUUAGGUUCUUUGGGGACUGUUUGUAUGCUUUUGCCGAAGGGUUUCCUAAAAACAGUGGACUUGUGAUGAUUCUGAUUGCAAGAGUUAUUUGUGGAAUAUCAAGAGGAGAUGUUGCUGUAUGCCGUGCUGUUAUGGCACAAUCAACAACAACGGAAGAAAAGAGGAGAGGUUUCGCCACACUUUUUACAAUUUAUGCCCUUGGUUUUGCCGUUGGCCCAGGUGAUUCCCCUGAAAUUUUUGCAUAUUUUCAUAGAUAUUUUAUAAGAACUCUGUUGGUUAUAAGCAUGAUUAAUAAAUGAUUAUGUCAAGCCCGUGGCGAAGAUAGAGAGGGGUCAGGGGGGCUAAAAAGUCCCUGUAAAGCUAAACAGCUAUUUUGUGGGUAAAGAUUCUCAUCUUGUAGAAAUUGUAACAUGGUUUUCUUUUUACUCAAGUGUAGAGAGAGACUUUUUACACAAUUUGAGAGAACAGUCUUUAAAAGGAUAUUAUAACUAUUUCUUCAGUUGUUCUGAAUCAGAUGGGCAACUUAAAAUGCCAUUUGCGAAGAGCAGACCAUAAAAUCUUCAAUUAGUAUGAUUUAUGAAAAAUGACUUUGAGUAAAUAAUUAGACUUGUGUCACAUUCUGUGUCACAACUGUUAUGUUUUAUGUUAUGUUAUGAGGUGUUAUGUUUCAAAUCUGUGUCACAACUUCUAUGAAUCUGUGUCAAACGCUCACCAAUAUGGUACACGACAAACCAUAAAAGUUACUAUUUUAAAAAAGGAAAAUAUUCUUGCAUUGUUGUAUCAGAUCUGUGCGUUUCUUUGGUGUUAAAUUUUUUGAAUGAUGUUCAAGUAGAUAUAAAAAGAUCAUUGUCUGUUUUCGUUUUUUGUCAAAGGCUUAAAACAUUUUCAUUCAACCAUACCAGAACUAUCAAAUUGGAUUCUGAAGCCCAAUUCAUUGUUCUGUUACUGGUGUAAUCAAACAAUUACAUAUUAAACCACUUCAAAAAGGGAGAGCCCUUUUUUGAUUAGCUCAUCUACCGAGAGUGCUCCUCAUAAAGGAACUCCCCUGCUAACAACAUCUUACGUAAUUGUUAUUUAUUCCUGUUAUUUUAAGUAUUUUAUGCAAUGUGUGAACAUACUAUGUAAUUGAUCGAAAUGUAGUUGUAGUAAGAUAAUGUAUGAAGAGAAAUUUUAAAAUGUAAAAACUG